GCGGCGGCCUGGGAGCGCGGUCGCUUUGAGGGCGCUGAGCCCCACAGGCUGGGGACGAUCGGAGGCCAGAGGGUGGGAAAGCGGACCGGCGCGGAGGGCGGCGCCGGAGGAGGGCGGCGCGUGGCUGACUCAUCUCGGGGGAAGAGCCGACUGACAGGCACACACUCCCCGCUCGCGCCCGCCCGCCCGCCCCGCUCAGCCCGGGAAGCGCCCGCCCGCCUCUCCCGAGCGCCGCAGGCCCCGCGCCGCCCGGAAAGUUUCUCGGGGCGGAGGUGCGGGAUCCCUCGCGGACCCGCGAGCAGCGUCGGGAGAGCCGAGGGGAGGCGGCCGUGCGGGCCCGCCGAGUGCAUGGUGCCGGGCGCCCGGGCUGCCUGUCGGGAGGACCUCGGGGCGGGGUCGGGCUGAGCCCGGCGCCUCCGGCUUCACCCCCGGUUAGCCUCGCCCAGACAUCGCCCCGCCGGGAUUGCCACGGGGGUCGCGUGGCUCCGCCCGCCAUGUCCCGGCUGCUGCCGCUGCUGGGGAGCCGGACCGCGCGCAGCCUGAGGCCGGGCCCGGCCGCCGCCGCCGCCGCGCCCCCCCGGCCGCCGUCCUGGUGCUGCUGCGGGCGGGGGCUGCUGGCGCUUGCGGCCCCCGGGGGGCCCCGGCGGCUGGGCACGCACCCCAAGAAAGAGCCCAUGGAGGCGCUGAACACGGCGCAGGGCGCGCGCGACUUCAUCUACAGCCUGCACUCCACCGAGAGGAGCUGCCUGCUCAAGGAGCUGCACCGCUUCGAGUCCAUUGCCAUCGCCCAAGCGUGCAGAUAUCCCAAACCUGAGAUGGUCCUUGUGAAGCGUGCGGAGGAGGUAUCAUCAUCAGAGACCCCUGAUAGUUUUGAAAAAUUGGAAGCUCAACCUCCCACCCCAGGCCAGCUGAGAUAUGUAUUCAUCCACAAUGCGAUACCUUUCGUAGGGUUUGGCUUUUUGGAUAAUGCAAUUAUGAUUGUCGCAGGAACACAUAUCGAGUUGUCUAUUGGAAUUAUUUUUGGAAUUUCAACAAUGGCAGCUGCUGCUUUGGGGAAUCUUGUGUCAGAUUUAGCUGGACUUGGACUUGCAGGUUACGUUGAAGCUUUGGCUUCCAGGUUAGGCCUGUCAAUUCCUGAUCUUACACCAAAACAAGUUGACAUGUGGCAAACACGUGUUAGCACACAUUUGGGCAAAGCUGUCGGGGUGACGAUUGGCUGCAUUCUAGGAAUGUUUCCUUUGAUUUUCUUUGGAGCUGGUGAAGAAGAUGAAAAACUGGAAAAGAAAAAUUAACCCUCUUAGACUACAUAUAAAAAGAUGUAAACUAAUGUACCUCAGUUAUGAAAUAUGCUGUCACAAUAUUUAGGAAUUAAGACAGUAACAGUGUAUAGAUACGGGAUCAAAUAAUUCAGCAUGUAUUAUGGAAAACACUAACUUAUUGUGGCUUGGUUUUCUUAUGACUUUUUUUUAAAGAACUAGUAACAUUUAUGUAAAUUGUUGAGAUGCUUUUUCAUCGAUAGCAGUCAACAUUUUAUCUUUUCCUUCUCUUUCUGUAUCAAGAUAUUAUUUAAGUUUCAGUCAUUGCUGUACUGUACUGACUUGGGGUUUGCUUGUUUGGUACUUACCCUUGUGACAUGCAUGUUAUUGUCUUGUUGUUGUUCCCUGGGGGUUACAAUCCAAUCAUGCAUUUCCCUUAGUUAUUUAGGAUGUCUAAUAUCAGUUAAGAUUUUUUUCUCUCUUCUGGUAAUACCAAUUUUGUAAUGUUUCACAGUAAACAUUUACAGUCAUA